AUGCCUUCUCGAUCGGAAAUUGCCUACUUUGGUGCGGGCCCUGCCCCUCUACCAACUGCGGUUGUCGAGGCUGGUGCCAAAGCCUUCGUCAAUUACAACGACAGUGGCUUGGGUCUAGGAGAAAUCUCCCAUCGGUCUCCCGCCGCCAACCAGAUUCUCGCCGAUACCAAAGCCAGUCUGACUACCCUGCUGGAUAUACCGGAGAAUUAUGAGAUACUGUUCCUUCAGGGUGGUGGAACUGGCGAGUUCAGCGCAGUAGUGCAGAAUUUGGUCAGUGUCUGGGUUGAGAGGAGAAGACGCAAGGUCGCAGCCCAGUUCGGUGAUGAUGAAGCCAAGAUUGUUGCAGAAUUGAAGAGACAGGUUGAUGAAGAGCUGGUACUGGAUUAUCUCGUUACUGGGUCUUGGUCUUCAAAGGCGGCGCAGGAAGGGAAGAGGCUGCUUGGAGAGAAGUUUGUCAAUGUGGCCGUGGAUGCUCGAGAAGCGAAUGGAGGGAAGUUUGGAAAGAUUCCAGCCGAGCAGGAAUGGAAGCUCACCAAGACAAAGAGGGAAGGGGGUAAAAGUGCGCCCGCAUUCGUUUAUUUCUGUGAUAACGAAACGGUUGACGGAGUCGAGUUCCCUGCCUUUCCGAAGGUGUUGGAGAAUCCACAGGAUGUGGGCGAAGAAGAUGAACGAUUGGUAGUAGCUGAUAUGAGCUCGAACUUCCUCAGCCGAAAGAUAGACGUGAGGAAGUACGCUGUGAUUUUUAAAAACAUUGGUGUUACAGGGAUCGCAUUGAUCAUUGUCCGAAAGGACCUUCUACCUCCUCAUACAUCCACACCUUGUCCGUCUUUGCUCCGUCAGCUUCAUAUCGGGGGGUUACCGGGGCCCAUAGUUUUUGACUAUGCGAUAACCGCCAAGAACAACUCUCUAUACAACACUCUUCCGAUCUUUACCCUGUGGAUUGCCGGCCAAGUUAUUGCCAGCCUUGUCCAAACCCACGGCGAGGCGCGAGUUUCAGGACAAGAAGAUCUCGUGAAGAAGAAAACGGAUCUCCUAUACGGAGCGCUUGACAAGUAUCCUCAGGUAUACCAGGUCGUUCCCGAUAAGAGCGUUCGCAGCAGGAUGAACCUAUGUUUCCGAGUGCACGGAGGCGAUGCUGAGAAGGAGAAAGAAUUCAUUUCCGGCGCAGAGAAACGUCUCCUCCAAGGGCUAAAGGGUCACAGAAGCGUUGGCGGCAUGCGGGCUAGCAAUUACAACGCCGUUUCACUAGAAAACGUGGAAAAACUGGUUCAGUAUCUGAACGAUUUUGCCAGUGCCUAG